AUGGUGACGGAUUGGCCCAACAUGGUUAUUCUGAGCAAGGAGCAACUCGAGGUCGCUGCCAACGAGGGCCUCUGGCUUCCACAACUCGAGCGGGACGGUUGCGGUGUAGGCUUCGUGGUUUCUAUCAAAGGCAUAAAGACUCAUAAGAUUCUCUGCGAGGCGCGAACGAUGUUAGAGAGAAUGGCUCAUAGAGGAGCGUGUGCUUGCGACAACGACUCCGGAGAUGGUGCAGGCGUCCUCACUGCGAUUCCCGAUCUCAUGUACAGAAAAAGUGUAAAACAACAGGAUAAUGUGGAUCUUCCUCCGGUCGGUCAGUAUGCGACUGGGAUUUUGUUUCUUAAUGAGGAUUCCUACAAGCAAGCCAAGGAAGCGUUUGGUGAUUUGGCUCGAGCAUGCAACGUUCGUGUGAUCACUUGGCGGAAGUUGAGUACGAAUCGCGAAUCGCUUGGCGCGGAGGCAAAGAAGACGGAGCCGCUGAUGCGUCAGGUGUUUGUGACUGCUGACUAUGUGAAGGAGGAUCCGGAACGAUUUGAACGUAACAUCUAUUUGCUUCGAAAGCAAGCUGUCAACAAUAUGGCCAAGCAAAGUGUUGACUGCUAUAUUUGUUCGCUAAGUACAACAACCAUUGUCUACAAGGGUCAAUUUAAUACUCAUCAGCUGUACCUCUACUAUGAUGAUCUAAGAAAUGCUGAAUUUGUCACUCAUAUUGCUGUCGUACAUUCACGAUUUUCUACUAACACGUUGCCGAGCUGGAGCCGAGCUCAACCUAACAGAAUGGUAGCUCAUAAUGGUGAAAUCAACACCCUACGUGGUAAUAUCAAUUUGAUGCGAGCUCGUGAGGGUGUGAUGUCGAGCACAUUGUAUAAAGACGACCUAAUGAAACUUUAUCCUGUUGUCGAAGAGGGUCUCACCGAUUCUGGAUGCUUUGAUAACGUAUGCGAAUUCCUUGUCAAGGCAGGGCAACGAUCAUUGCCCGAGGCAGCAAUGACGAUGGUGCCGGAAGCAUGGGAGAAGGAUGAGGAAAUGGAUCAUGACAAGAGAGCAUUUUACCGUUGGGCAGCAAUGGCAAUGGAACCGUGGGAUGGACCUGCUCUAUUGGCAUUUUGCGAUGGUCGUUACGUGGGUGCGAUUCUGGACCGGAACGGACUUCGUCCUGCCCGUUACUAUCUAACUGCAGACGAUCACCUUUACCUGUCAUCCGAAGUGGGAGUCAACGAUCACGAUGAGGAAUCGAUUGUAAAAAAGGAUCGUCUGAAGCCUGGACGAAUGCUCUUGGUGGACACCUAUGAAAAGAAAAUCGAACAGGAUGAAGACCUAAAGAGACGCAUUUCCCAAUCAAGACCACACAAGAAGCUUACGUCUAAAAGAGUUUAUUUGGACCUUCUUCGCAAAGAUGACGUUCUCUCACAUGGUGCAGUGACGAACGAAUUUUUGAUAAAAUGCCAUCUGGAGGCGCUUGGAAUUGAGAGCACAAAGAAAAAAGAUGUGCAUCUGGACUCUGAUCGACGUUUGCCGCUGUAUGCCUAUACUCAUGACACGUUCAGUCUCUUACUUGUUCCGAUGAUUAAGGAGAAGAAAGAAGCUCUUGGAUCCAUGGGUAAUGAUGCAGCUCUGGCUUGCCUUUCCGACUUCAGUCCGCUGUUAUUUUCCUACUGUCAGCAACUUUUCGCUCAGGUGACUAAUCCACCGAUCGAUCCAUUCCGAGAGCAGAUCGUCAUGAGCCUCAGAUGUCCGGUUGGACCCGAAUCAAAUCUCCUGGAGCCGAAUAAUGAGUUAGACAGCCGUCUUGUUCUCGAACAGCCUGUACUUUCACUUGUGGACAUAGAGGUGAUCAAACGAACUAUGUACAAGGGCUGGCGUAGCAAGACCAUCGACACCACCUUCCCGGUGAGAUACGGAGUGAAAGGCCUUGUACCAGGACUGGAUCGAAUCUGCUGCGAAGCUUGCACAGCCGCACUGGAUGGAUACCAAAUCCUUGUGCUAUCAGACAGAGCAGCCAGUAAAGAUAAUGUGCCAAUAUCGUCACUUUUAGCAGUUGGCGCAAUCCACCAAUGUCUUAUUCGACACCGAUUGAGAAUGAAGGUCGCCAUCAUUGUGGAAACCGGAGAAGCCAAGGUUGUCCAUGAUUUCUGUGUCCUGCUAGGAUUCGGAGCUGAUGCAAUAUGUCCGUAUAUGGUGUUCGAGACGAUGUAUCGUCUUCGUCAUCUUGGUCUACUCGACAAAGAGUUGAAUGACGACCUGGUGUUCCAAGGCUAUCGUCAAGGAGUCGAACGUGGUGUUUUCAAAGUAAUGGCUAAAAUGGGCAUAAGCACCUUACAUUCGUACAAGCACGCUCAAAUCUUCGAAAUUGUUGGAUUAGCAAAGGAAGUGGUGGAUAUGUGCUUCAAGAACACCGUUUCGCGACUAGGUGGCGCCACAUUUGAGAUCCUUGCGGCUGAAGCGUUGAAGCGUCACAGGGCUGCGUUCCCAGUAAUUGCGAAUGCGGAUAAGCACGUCUUUGGCGAUUCUCGUGUGCUUGUCGCAUCAGGUACAUAUCACUGGAGAGCCGGAGGUGAGAAGCACGUCAACGAGCCAGAGGCUAUAGCCAAGCUGCAGGCAGCAACACGUAUGAAUAAUCCGAAGAUCUUCCACGAGUACUCGCGCAUAUCCAAUCUUCAGCAGAGAUGGUGUACGCUUAGAGGCCAACUUGAAAUAAAGACAAGCAACAAACUUGAAAUCCCUAUGAAUCAAGUAGAACCUGCAAGCGAAAUUGUGAAACGAUUUGUUACGGGAGCGAUGUCGUUCGGAUCAAUUUCUUGGGAAACACACACAACGCUCGCGAUUGCUAUGAAUCGCAUUGGAGCGAAAUCUAAUACGGGAGAAGGUGGAGAGAAUCCGAAACGAUAUGCAAGUAACCAGGAUGUGAACAAUAAUCUGCGAUCGGCUAUCAAGCAGGUCGCUUCUGCUCGAUUCGGUGUCACUUCUUCGUAUUUGGCACAUGCUGAUGAAUUACAGAUUAAGAUGGCUCAAGGUGCUAAACCGGGAGAAGGUGGAGAACUGCCCGGUCAUAAAGUAACCAAGGAUAUCGCAGAGACAAGAAAGUCAACAGCGGGAGUAGGACUGAUCUCACCACCACCGCACCAUGAUAUCUACUCUAUUGAAGAUCUCGCACAACUAAUCUAUGAUCUCAAAUGUGCUAAUCCCGAAGCGAGAGUGAGCGUGAAACUCGUCUCCGAGGCGGGCGUUGGCAUCAUUGCGUCGGGUGUAGUGAAAGGAAAUGCGGACCACGUCACGAUCUCAGGUCACGAUGGCGGCACUGGUGCUUCUAGUUGGACUGGUAUCAAGCAUGCUGGGCUACCGUGGGAACUUGGUGUAGCUGAGACUCACCAAGUCCUUACGAUGAAUAACCUCAGGAGCAGGGUGAUUCUCCAGGCUGAUGGACAAAUUCGAACAGGCCGUGAUGUCAUGAUAGCUGCUUUACUCGGAGCUGAUGAGUUCGGCAUGUCCACUGCACCUCUGAUAGUUCUUGGGUGUACCAUGAUGAGAAAGUGCCACCUUAAUACCUGCCCUGUUGGGAUAGCCACGCAGGAUCCUGUUCUGCGCGCCAAAUUUCAAGGAAAACCAGAACACGUUGUGAAUUUUAUGUUCAUGGUAGCUGAAGAGGUUCGCUAUUUCCUCGCUAGGUUAGGCCUCAGAACUCUCAAUGAAGCAAUUGGACGCACGGAUCUUCUGUACGCAAAUCCCAACCCUGUCAAUAAAAAGGCAACUAUGCUCGAAUUCGGAUCGAUCUUAAAGAACGUCCAUCAUAUGUUCCCUAAUAUAUCCACCAAAGGUGGCACAGUCAAGCAGACCAUCGAACUUGGUGAACUGGAACAGGAAGUGCUCAAACAUCUUGAAAAAGUGUUCGCUGAUCCUGGAGAAAGACUGGAGAUUUCCGGGAAGACCAUUACCAACUUGGAUCGUGCAUUUGGAACGAGAAUUAGCUACGAGAUCUCAAAGCGUUACGGUGAAGAAGGGCUCAGCGGCACAAGAUCCAUAAAAAUCAGCCUGAAUGGUUCCGCUGGUCAGUCAUUCUGUGCGUUCUUAGCUAAAGGUGUCACAGUGGAAUUGGAGGGAGACGCAAACGACUACGUCGGAAAGUGUCUUUCUGGAGGCACUGUGAUUGCGUAUCCUCCAAAGAAGGCUGUCUACAAGUCGCAGGAGAACUCUAUUAUUGGAAACGUUGCACUUUACGGUGCCACAUCUGGUAACUGUUGGUUCCGUGGAGUAGCUGGUGAGCGCUUCGCUGUGAGAAAUUCAGGAUGCAUCGCUGUGGUUGAAGGUGUUGGUGACCACGCAUGUGAAUACAUGACCGGAGGAAGAGUAAUUGUGUUGGGAGGAAUUGGAAGAAACUUUGCCGCAGCAAUGAGCGGCGGAAUAGCUUUCCUCUUUAAUCAGGGCGAUCCGUUUACACAACGUAUCAAUGUGGCAACGGUGGAUCUGGAUCCACCCAGCGACGAAGACCUCGUCUUCAUUCGUGAAAGAAUCCAAAACUUCGUGGAACUGACUGGCUCCGAGCUUGGCCAACACAUUCUCGACAACUGGCAGACAGAACAUGCGAAAAUCAUUAAGGUGUUUCCACGUGAUUACAAGCGAGUUUUGCUUGAAGAAGAAGAGGAGAACAAACGUAUUGCUGAACAGAAAGCUGCUGAGGCGAAGGGUGAUGAUGGUGAACCGGAAGGCCGUCCUCGAGAACGCGCUCUCUCCAUGGAUAUGCAAAUCGCUCCGACCCUCAUUCACAAGAAGAAAAUGUUGACGAAGAAGAAGAACGUAGCUCAACGCAAGCGGAGGUCCUCAAAAAAUCCUCGGCCUCAGGACAUGGCCGGAUUUGAGAAUGAGGAAGAUCUACAGGAUGCUAUCGAAGAUAAUGACGAAGAUGAAACAAAGUCUGACAAUGAUGAGGAGCUGUUGUCUGACGACGAGACACUGCAAAGCAACGAUUUUCUGCGAAAUAUCAACAAUCGUCUACUUGAUAUUGAAAAUAUCGUUGUGCCUCCUCAUCUGAAGAAGAACGAUGAGCCACUCGACAAACUUCAUGGUUUCAUGAAGUACAACCGCCAGAAGAAGAUCUAUCGUGCGCCCGAGGAGCGUCUCCAAGAUUGGGACGAAGUGUACGAUUUUGAAGCGGUUCGCAGUAAUAUUCGUGAACAAGCAGCAAGAUGCAUGGAUUGUGGCGUUCCGUUCUGUCAAGGGAAUACCGGCUGUCCUCUUGGCAACAUUAUCCCGAAGUGGAAUGACUACGUGUUUAAGAAGAACUGGCGCCAAGCGCUUGAACAACUUCUCCAAACCAAUAACUUUCCAGAGUUCACUGGAAGAGUGUGCCCAGCGCCUUGCGAGGGAGCCUGUUGUUUGGCAAUCAGCUCACCUGCUGUCACCAUCAAAUCAAUCGAAUGUGCGAUUAUCGACUAUGCGUUUAUGCAAGGAUGGAUCAGGGCGCAUCCACCUACGGAGAACACUGGAAAACGCAUAGCAAUAAUUGGCUCUGGGCCUGCUGGAAUGGCUGCAGCCGCUCAACUAAUCAAAGUAGGCCACACAGUUGUUGUGUACGAACGGAAAAACCGUGUUGGUGGCCUCUUGAGAUAUGGAAUUCCUACAAUGAAGCUUGAUAAAUUCAUUGUGGAUCGCCGAGUGAAACUUCUCGAAGACGAAGGUGUUCGGUUUCUGACGAACACUGAGAUUGGAAAGCAUGUACCAGCCGACUUUCUGUUGAAGGAUAACGACGCCAUUAUUGUGUGCACUGGAUCCACUACUCCUCGAGAUCUUCCUGUAAGCGGCCGCGACGCCAAAGGUGUGUGUUUUGCUAUGGAGUUCCUCGAAAAGAGUCAACGUCGUCUUGCCGGCGAUAACGUUCCGUGGGAAGGUCUAGAUCCUUCUGGGAAGCGGGUUGUUAUUCUUGGAGGAGGCGACACAGCUACUGACUGCAUUGCCACCAGUAACCGAUUGGGAGCAAAAUCUGUAAGAGCUUUUGAGAUCCUUCCCAAACCCGCUGAAUCCCGUAUGCCUAACAAUCCAUGGCCAGAAUGGCCGUUGAUCUUCCGCGUCGAUUACGGACAUGAAGAGGCGAAGUACAAAGACGGAAAAGAUCCUCGGACAUAUUCGAUAUCGACAAAGGAAUUUAUCGCUGCUGAGAACUCUGCUGGUGUUAAGGUGCUUACAGGUCUUCAGAUCGUUGAGGUGGAGUGGGAGAAAGACGAGAAGGGAGCGUGGAAGCUGAUCGAGAAACCAGACACUAUUCAAGUAGUCGAGUGUGAUCUCUGUAUCCUUGCAAUGGGAUUCGUCGGUCCUGAGAAGGCUGUCAUUGAACAGUUAGGCUUGAAAAUGGAUCCACGAUCAAACAUUCUUACUUCCAAGGAUAAGUAUGAUUCGGAAGUUGCAAAGGUGUUUGCUGCUGGUGAUUGUCGACGAGGUCAAUCCUUGGUAGUAUGGGCUAUCCACGAAGGAAGACAAGCAGCUCGACAGGUCGACAAAUACCUUAUGGGUAAGACGACGUUAGCUGGCCCUGGUGGAAUCGUAACGGCUCCGAUGGCCCACCACGGUCACCGCUAG